GGUAAUUCCAACCACCCCCACCACGGUCACACCGCUCAAGGCGAAGACAAGAAUUUUUGCUACGAAAAAAAGUAGAAUUCCAAGAUCCUGGUCCACUUCCUCUGCAGCUGCUAAUCCGAUACCGCUUCUUCCCUUGAAGCUUGAACCAUGCGUCUGUCCUCGAUCCUGAAUGGAGCCCACUUCGGCAACCUGGCCAAGGUGCACGGCAUCGUCACCUACAAGCUGUCGCCCUUCGAGCAGCGCGCCUUCGCCGGAGCCAUCAGCAACGGUGUGCCCAACAUGAUCCGUCGCUUCCGCUCCAACGUCUUCAUUGUGGCGCCUCCCUUCAUCCUGGGAUACCUGAUCUACGAUCUGACCGAGCGCAAGCACCAUGCCCUGGCGCGCAAGAACCCCGCUGACUUUGAGAACGACGAAUAAUCGCCCCAAAUAGCAAAUAGUUAUGUUAAAAUAAUUAAUAAAACUAGACCCACAAUUCAAGC